AUGAACAUCACCCACAGCCAAUGUCAGAUGCUGCCCUACCAUGCCACACUAACACCUCUCGCCUCAAUUAUCAAAAACAUGGACAUGGAGAAGUUCCUCAAGUUCUUCAUGUACCUCCAUCGCCUCAGUUGCUAUCAACACAUCAUGUUAUUUGGCUGUAGCAUUGCCUUCCCUGAGUGCAUCAUGGAUGGUGAUGACAGUCAUGAACUCCUGCCCUGUAGGUCUUUCUGUGAGGCUGCAAAAGAAGGCUGUGAAUCAGUCCUGGAGAUGGUGAAUUACUCCUGGCCUGAUUUCCUCAAAUGCUCUCAGUUUAGAAACCAAACUGAAAACAGCAAUGUCAGCAGGAUUUGUUUCUCACCACAGGAGGAAAAAGGUAAGCAAUUGCUCUGCGAUGGGGGCAAGGGCUUUCUGUGUGCCAGUGGAAUCUGCAUCCCCAGGAAACUGCAGUGUAAUGGCUACAAUGACUGUGACGACUGGAGCGACGAGGCUCACUGCAACUGCAGUGAGAAUCUGUUUCACUGUCACACAGGAAAGUGCCUUAAUUACAGCCUUGUGUGUGAUGGAUAUGACGACUGUGGGGAUCUGAGUGAUGAGCAAAACUGCGAUUGCCAUCCCACAACGGAGCAUCGCUGUGGUGAUGGGCGCUGCAUCACAAUGGAGUGGGUGUGUGAUGGUGACCAUGACUGUGUGGACAAGUCCGACGAGGUCAAUUGCUCCUGUCACAGCCAGGGUCUGGUGGAAUGCAGAAAUGGACAGUGUAUCCCCAGUACUUUCCAGUGUGAUGGCGACGAGGACUGUGAAGAUGGGAGUGAUGAGGACCACUGCAGUGACAGUCAGACUCCAUGUCACGAAGGUAACCAAAGAUGCCUCUACAAUUCCUGCCUCGAAUCAUGUGGUGGUAGCUCUCUGUGUGACCCUAGCAACAGUCUGAAUAACUGUAGUCAAUGUGAACCAGUUACACUGGAACUCUGCAUGAACUUGCCCUACAACUACACAAAUUAUCCAAAUUACCUUGGCCACGAGACUCAAAAGGAAGCGUCUAUCAGCUGGGAGUCCUCUCUCUUCCCUGCUCUUGUUCAAACCAACUGCUACAAGUAUCUCAUGUUCUUUGCUUGCACCAUUUUGGUACCAAAGUGUGAUGUGAACACAGGCCAGCGUAUCCCCCCUUGCAGAAUACUGUGUGAGCACUCCAAAGAACACUGUGAGUCUGUGCUUGGGAUCGUGGGUCUACAGUGGCCUGAAGACACAGAUUGUGAUCAAUUUCCAGAGGAAAAUUCAGACAAUCAAACCUGCCUAAUGCCUGAUAAAGAUGUGGAAGAAUGCUCACCUAGUCACUUCAAGUGCCGCUCGGGACGGUGUGUUCUGGCCUCCAGAAGAUGUGAUGGCCAGGCUGAUUGUGGUGAUGACAGUGAUGAAGAAAACUGUGGUUGUAAAGAGAGAGAUCUUUGGGAAUGUCCAUCCAAUAAACAAUGUUUGAAGCAGACAGUGAUCUGUGAUGGGUUUCCAGAUUGUCCUGAUAACAUGGAUGAAAAAAAUUGCUCAUUUUGCCAAGAUGAUGAGCUGGAAUGUGCAAACCAUGCGUGUGUGUCACGAGAUCUGUGGUGCGAUGGUGAAGCAGACUGCUCAGACAGUUCGGAUGAAUGGGACUGUGUGACCCUCUCUAAAAAUGCGAACUCCUCUUCAUUACUGACUGUUCACAGAUCUGCCACAGAACACCAUGUGUGUGCUGAUGGCUGGCAGGAGAUGUUGAGUCAGCUGGCCUGCAAGCAGAUGGGUUUAGGAGAACCAUCUGUGACCGAAUUGAUACAGGAACAGGAGCAAGACCAGCAACGGCUGUCGUUACAGUCUGACUGGGAAAGCCGCAAUGGGACCACUUUGCAGGAACUGCUGGUAAAUGGGCAGUCUUGUCAGAGCAGAAGUAAGGUUUCUCUACUGUGUACUAAGCAAGACUGUGGGCGCCGCCCUGCUGCCCGAAUGAACAAGAGGAUCCUCGGGGGUCGGACGAGUCGCCCAGGAAGGUGGCCGUGGCAGUGUUCUCUGCAGAGUGAACCCAGUGGGCACAUUUGUGGCUGUGUCCUCAUUGCCAAGAAGUGGGUUCUGACAGUCGCCCACUGCUUUGAAGGGAGAGAGAAUGCCGCCAUUUGGAAAGUGGUUCUGGGCAUCAACAACCUAGACCACCCUUCGGUGUUCAUGCAGAUGCGCUUGGUGAAGACCAUCAUCCUGCACCCUCGCUACAGUCGAGCAGUGGUGGACUAUGACAUCAGCAUUGUCGAGCUAAGUGAAGACAUCAAUGAGACAAGCCAUGUCCGGCCCGUCUGCUUGCCCAGCCCGGAGCAGUCAGUAGAGCCUGAUACGUACUGUUACAUCACAGGAUGGGGCCACAUGGGCAACAAAAUGCCUUUUAAGCUGCAAGAGGGAGAGGUCCGCAUUAUUUCUCCGGAGCAGUGUCAGUCCUACUUUGAUGUGAAGACCAUCACCACCCGGAUGAUAUGUGCGGGAUAUGAGUUUGGCACGGUUGACUCAUGCAUGGGUGACAGCGGUGGGCCUCUUGUUUGUGAGCAGCGUGGAGGACAGUGGAUAUUAUUUGGUUUAACUUCAUGGGGCUCCGUCUGCUUUUCCAAACUCCUGGGGCCUGGAGUUUAUAGCAAUGUGUCAUACUUCGUCGAAUGGAUUGAAAGACAAAUAUAUAUCCAGACCUUUCUCCUAAACUAAUUCCAAGGAUGAUCAGAGACUUCUACCAUCUACACUCAAAAAAAAACGCCUUCUUGACUGUAAACAGUUUCCUGCAGAGAGCUUUUCAUGGACAGGGAUGCUCCACAGUGCACUGCAAAUUUUCAUGUUUGUUUUGGGUUAAUUUUAUUCAACUGUUGUUUUCAACUUUAUUUUUCUGUUAUUUCAAGUUCCAUGAAAGGCUUUUAAAUAAAACAAAACAAAGCAGAUUUUGUUCUUUUGCCAAGGCCUAACCUUGACUACAACAUGAAAUUAAACUCCAGAGAGAUUUAAAAUAAUGCAGGCAUUAGGGUAACAGGUUCCCUUUUAUCCUAUCACAAAAGUGAUAUUGAGAUCCAGUCUGACUCUGUCAGUUUGUUUCUCAGGCACAGUAGCUUAGUGGCAAAUUUCAAUAUUAACAUUGGAAACCUGCUCUUGAUUUAUUAAAAGCCAAGAUAACUUACAUGCUUAAAUUAUUUACUAUUACUCUUCUAAAGUUUGCAUAAUUCUGAAAACUUAUGAAAGACAGAGGUAAAAGACGAAUAGCAUCCAUUUAGGUAGAUUAAAUAGCAAGACAAAUGCUUAAUUCUUUCGACAUCAAUAUUAACAGUUGGCAUUAUAGGACCGCCCAUUCUGGAUUUAAAUCGAGGCUGUAGUUUCAUAGAGAAGUCUCCCUAGAAUUUUCCCCAUAGUGGAGUUUGUUAAAUGGAGUAAAACAUCCUGUAAUUUUUCUCAAAAGAUGUUUAACAUCUGGUCUUGCCAUUUCUUCUCAUUGAUAAUCAAAUUUUUAAAGAUUCUUUAAAGCACUAGGCCACUUUAUGUAAAUCAAUUUCUGAAGCAAUUAGUGGUUAAAAGUAUUUUUCCCCGCUACAAAGCUUCAAAACACAAAUCUUCAUAUACACCUAAUUUAAAUAGUCAGGUAUCCAUUUUGCAAAAUCCAAAUGCCUUUUGAACCUCCACCAGCAACCUGGGCUGCCACAGCAUUCCAAUAGAGACUACCUGCAAUUUUAUACAUGUAUUUUUGUAUUCUUUUCUAUGUGUAAACAUAUUUGAAAUUCAAAAAAUUGUUUUAACACUUGUCAUGUUAUUCACUUACUGUCUUUGUAUAAACCUAGUGAGCGUGAAAUCUAGCAAUUGUGGUCACAAUUUUAUGAAAGUUUAAGAACGUCAGUUUUGUUACAGUUGUAGAUAUGUAUUCAUAUGUAACAACUUUUAGCUUUACUCAACUUAUGUUCAGUGAAAUAUACACAUUGUAUUUAUUUUACAUAAUUCUUAA